UCCAGGGGGAACAAUAUAAAGGUGCACCUCUGAGAGCGCAUGGAGGUGCAAAUGUUUGGAUAAAGUUUCUCCAUGACUAAAUAAGGAUUCUCACCAGUUCAGCUCAAGUUUAAGCCUGGCAACAAUGCCGCACAACCCAGACAAGAGGGCAACCAGGAACAGGGUUCGGGAAGCAAAGGAUGAAAUACAGGCAGGAAAGAAGGUCUCUUGCUUCGUCUUGACCGUUUUGGCAAUAAUCUGCAUCGAGAUGUCGCUGGUGUCCUGGUUUGUCCAGUUGAAGAGAAUAUUUGCCAUAUGCCUCUUCAUAAGUCUGAUGUGGUACUGGAUUUAUCUCUACAAGCCCAACGCCGUGACUACUAAAAUACACUGCGAUGCCGAGGUGAACCUUUCCAAGCAAAUGCUGGCAGAAAUCCAGAAGCUUGUGAAUAAAGAUAGCAGCUGGAGAAACGCGUCUCUAGAGGAUGCGCUGAGUAAAAUUCUUAUCGACUUUAAACACCAUGACCACGAAUCCUCCAGGAACUGGCGCUUCGAAGACACAUUUGGGGUCGAACCCGACAUGGUUAUCAAGGUCAUGGGCAUUUUCUUGAUCAUCGUGGCAAUAAUUUGCACUGAGAUGUGGUCGGUGGUGUCCUGGUUUGUCCAGUUUAAGAGAUUGUUUGUCAUAUACUUCUUCAUCAGUCUGUUGUGGAAGUGGUAUUAUCUCUACAUGAUUGCCUAUGCUGAACAGCAGGCCAAACUUGCAAUGAUGGAGAACCUCAAAGAUAAAUGCACUGGAGUGAAGAAACUUGACUGGAUGGACAAUAUCAAAGAGUGGAUUCGGACAACUUGGACUCUUCAGGAGGACCCUUGUAAGCAAUACUACGAGACCCUGAUUGUGAAUCGGAUCCUAGGCAUGCCUCUGAACAAGGUUGUCGAAUUGACCAUGAUCACCUUAAUUACAGACCAUCUGGAGCACUUGUCACAAGGCAUUGACGCAUUUCUCAGGGGCUUACUGGAUCCCCUGUCUGUUAGGCUUCAUAAUCCUGUGCUUUUAGCAUUUACUCAUCAUCGUGGUCUUUAUAUACAGCGCUGGCCAAGCAGUUGUACACCAUGCUGUUCUUGGACCUCUCUGAGGAGGUCAUUGAGAUCCUCCACCCAGCAUUACACAGCAGCCUGCUGCUCCUCCAAUACAGGAAUCAAAGGAACACAGAGAAGAAGCAAUGGAACUGUUAGCAGGAGGCAAUGGCAACCAACAAUGCCGCACAACCCAGACAAGAGGGCAACCAAGUGAAACACGUGAGGAACCGGGCUAAUAUCGACAAAAUGCAGUCUGAAACUUGCCAGAGGAAACCCUACAGGAGACAAGAGCAGCAGAGGGUGCGGGUGGAAACCCUACAUAACGCAGAAAACCUUUACAGUGGGGAUGAGACGGACACUCUGCCGGAAGCAGUAGUCGAGGACCAGGCUGAGAAUGUGGAGGAAGAACCUCCAAAUCUUGGUAACGAAUCAGUAAUGGAGUCAUCCACAUCUAACACAGAAAUAAAAAACACUCAACCUGGAUCUAAGGAGCUCAGUGAAACCUGUAACACUAAAGAUAAUAAAACCUCAGAAAAUAUUAAAUGGAAUGAGGCGGAACGAUAUAAUGGUGCACCUCUGAGAGCACAUGGAGGUGGAAAUGUUUGGAUAAAGUUUCUCCAUGACUAAAUAAGGAUUCUCACCCGUUCAGCUCAAAUUUAAGCCUGGCACCAAUGCCGCACAACCCAGACAAGAGGGCAACCAGGUGAAACACAUGAAGAACCGGGCUCAUCUCGAAGAUAAGCACCUGAAAUUUGCCAAAUGAGUCCUAAUUUUUAUUCCUUGUUUAUUAUAGGAACAGGAUUCAGGAAGCAAAGGAUGAAAUACAGGCAGGAAAGAAGAAUGUGUUAAAAAUAGUCACUACAGUUAAGAAAAUAUGCAGUAAUUGAAUCUAUACUUCAAUUAUUUAUUAAAUUAUUUCACUAUGAUCUGUUUUUUUUUUUUAAUUAAUACAUAUUUACUCCAAGUACUGUUUUUAUUUUAUUAUGAAUAUUUUAACUCCACAAACCCAUGUUAAUUUAGAUUAUUCACAAAUUCUUUUUAUGGUUAAAGGGUUUUCUUUUGUGCCAAUGCACUGUAGCGUCAUUUUAAAAAAUUCCUAUAGAGGGCAGUGUAGUGCGGUGGCGGAGCUCUAAAUUGGAACCUGUUAUGUGUUUCCAGGGGGAACAAUAUAAUGGUGCACCUCUGAGAGCACAUGGAGGUGGAAAUGUUUGGAGAAAGUUUCUCUGUGAAUAAAUACGGUUUCUCAACUGUUCAGCUCAAAUUUAUUUUAUGUAAAAGUAAAAUAUCAACUUUGCAAUUGUUAAGCUUCAGUAAUAUUUAAUUGUGAGUUUGAGUGUAAAGUGUGGUAACAUUUUGAUAUUUUGAUUCAGAAAUGAAAUGGUAAUUUCAAGAAUGUCUUUAUUUAUAUUAAUGCAUAUUUUUUGUUGUUUGGUUAUAUUCGUUUUUUUAAAGAUGAUCAACCUAUUGAUUACUGCUACUCCUACAAAUUAUUACAACUACUACAGCUUCCCUCUAACUGUACCAUUGGACCGAUUUGAACCUUGACUUUUACCGAGUUAUUUCAGCCAGCGUGGACUUUUCAGGGUGACCCUUGUAAACAAUACUACGAGAUCCUGAUUGUGAAUCCGAUCCCACACGUGCCUCCAAACAAGGCCAUCAUUAUGACCAUGACCACAUUUAAUUACAGACCCUUUCAAUCACCUGGGACAAGGCUUUAACGAGUUUAUCAUGGCCUUACUGAAAGACCUGCCUGUUACACUUCAGAUACCUGUGCUGCUUCUAAUCGCACUCGUCAUCGUGGAACAGGGUUCAGGAAGCAAAGGAGAAAAUACAGGCAGGAAAGAAGAAUGUGUUGAAAAUAUUGGCACUCUAAUUAAACACUUGCAUUCCUUCCUGCUGGUCAUUUGACAAUGAAACGAGCAGCAAGCAAGAGAAAGAGAUCCUUUACACUUAAAGAACUUCUGGAUGAAGUUAUGCAGCCUGACCCCAGCGAGCUGCAGGAUUUAUCUGCAGACAGCACUGACUCAAGAGAGUCAUAUCCAGACUUUGAGGCAGCAUCCACACCCUCAGCUAAGUCGACUGAGAGUGAGGAGGAUUCUAAAGAUCCUGGAUCAGGGUGGAUCGUGAGAAAUGGCCAGGUGUGGGCCGACACGCUAUGCAACAGCGAGGGUAGGGGGUUUAAAAUCCUUUUAAUCUUUUUUUUACUGGAGAGAUGUUGGAUUUAAUUGUCAGGAUGAUGAAAAUCCAUGGGCUGCGCACCAAUAAAGAUUGGACCGAGGUUGACUUAACAGAUGUCAAGGCCUACAUGGGCCUGAAUAUUUUGGCUGGGGUCUACAGGUCCAGAAAUGAAUCCACAUGCUGCCUGUGGGACGAUCGUAGUGGCCGGGCAGUUUUUAAGGCCACUAUGUCCCUCAGAAGGUUUCAUCAGAUAAGCACAGCGCUGCGUUUUGAUGACAAGCUCACCAGACCAGCUCGCCGAAGAGAUGACAAGCUUGCACCAAUCGGAGCCCUAUGGGAUCUGUGGGCUCAUCGGCUUGGGAUUCUUUUUAAUCCUGGCAGGGAUGUAACUGUAGACGAACAGCUCAUGCCCUUCAAAGGACGAUGCCAGUUUUGGCAAUAUAUGCCCAAAAAAUUUGCUAAAUAUGGACUAAAACUGUGGGUCAGUGCUGAUGUCGCCACAUCGCAUGCCUGGCGGUGUUCACCGUAUCUGGGCAAGAUCGGGGAUGCUGCAGAGGUGGGACAGGGCAUGCAAGUUGUGAUGGAGAUGACGGAGGGACUCCAGGGAGUCACUGUCUGUUGCGACAACUUCUUCACCAGUUGUAAACUUGCACAGGGUCUUCUUAAAAAAAAAAAAGGCCCUAGUCGGAACAGUAAGAAGUAAUUAACCUGAGCUGCCACCCAACCUGCUGCAUGUUAGAGGAAGUCCUGUCCCCUCCUCUGUCUUCGAUUUUACCAGCAACACGACAGCUGUCAGUCACAUUCCCAAACGGUGGAGGAAUGUGAUCCUUUUGAGCACAAGGCACUGUGAGGCAGCAGUGACAGAGGGACCGAAAUCAUUACUUACAACAACCGCUGUAAGGGAGGUUUCGACAACCUAGACAAGGUUGUCGGCACCUACAGCUGUAGACGAAUCUCUAAUCGGUGGCCACAAAUGUUAUUUUUUAAUAUGGUGGACAUAUCGGCUUAUAAUGCCUGUCAUUUUUACAACUGUUGAUCCCUCCUGGAACCAACAAAAGCUCUGCAGAAGGAGGCUUUUUUGUUUUGAGGAGUUGGGCAACUUAAUGAUUUCAGCAGCAAUUUUAAAGAGACAGCACUAAUUGCUGCUGCACUUGUGCAGGAGCUACAGUCCUCUGUAGCUGCCCCUCAGACACCAGCAGACACCAGCAG